AUGUCUGUUCCAUCUUCAAAACCGUCACAACCAGUACCAACAACAUUCAAUGAACGUCUUAAUGAGCAGCUUGUUAACUGCUUGAAUGUUCAAACAAAUGUAAUACAAAAUUUAUCACAAUAUUCACAACAUAUUUCAUCACAAUUAUUUGAAAUUAAGAAUAUUGUUGAAAUACUUUCAAAUCGUGUAUUAGCUCUUCAACAACAACAACAAUUAAAUCAACAACCUCAUUUUCUACCAAGUCAUUAUGCAACAUCUUAUUAUCCAAAUUAUAUGUCUCACCAACCAAUACCAGUUUCUCAUCCACCACCAUCUUCACAUCCUCCGCCUCCUCAAAUGUCAUUUCCUGUUCAACAACAACAACCUGUUUCAAUGCGUAUACCAACAACAACAACUACUACAACAAAUUCAAAUCUCCCUUUUUUUCCUACAACUGCCGCUAAUCCAACUGUAUCAUUAUCACCAAAUGUUCCAUCAUUUCAAUUUUCUACAUCGGCAGCGAUACCAUCAUCACAACCAGCAAUAACGAAUACAUUGCCAACAACAACGACUCCAAGCAAGUCAGUCUUUACAAAUUUACCUAAAUUGACUAUGGCUGAUACAACAACUAAACCAUCAUGUUUAUUUCCAACAACAACAACGACAACAACAACAGCUUCAACAAAUAUCACAAAUGAAAAGCCAACAAACAGUAGUCCAUUUGUAUUUGGUACUAAUAAUAUGACAUCAAUAUUUGGUACUAGUAAUUUUACUCCUGGCUUAUCGAAUAUUUCAACAAUAAAACCAGAAACAAAUGUUGAUGAUGAUGGCGAAGGUGAUGGUGAAGAAGAUUAUGAACCAGAAUAUUCAUUUAAUCGACUUGUUACAUUACCUGUUGUUGAAGUUAAAACAGGUGAAGAAGAUGAAAAUGUUCUCUUUUGUGAACGUGCAAAACUUUAUCGUUUUGAUGCAUCAGCAAAUCAAAUGAAAGAACGUGGUGUUGGUGAAAUGAAAAUUUUACAACAUAAAAUAACAAAUCUUUGUCGUAUAUUAAUGCGUCGUGAACAAAUAUUUAAGAUAUGUGCUAAUCAUCAGAUAACAUCACAAAUGGAAUUAAAACUAAAAUCAGGUGCAGAAAAUACAUAUGUUUGGUCAGCUAUGGAUUUUGCAGAUGGUGAAGCUAAACAUGAAACAUUAUGUAUUCGAUUUAAAACUGAUGAACAAGCGAAAAAAUUUCUUAAAGUAUUUAAUGAAGCAAAAGAAAUGAAUAUGAAAAAAUCCGGUGAUUUACCGUCUAUUGGAAAAAUUUCAUUAAAUGAUGAAACAAAACCAAAUACAAAUGAUGAUGAUAUUGUUUCUAUUGGUGAAGUUAAACCAUCAGCUGAACAAAUUGAUCGAGCAAAAAAAUUACAAUUACCAUCAACAUUCUAUUUAUAUGAAAAUAAAGAACCAUGCAAAGGUUGUCCAGGGUGUGAAGAAGAUACACCACCAAUUGUACUUAAUGAAAAUAAAACCGAAAUAAAACAAACAGAUAUAAUUAAAAAUGAUACAAAAAUAACUACUCCUCAACCACAAUCAACAACAUCAGCAUCAAAACCACCAUUAAGUUCAAGUGAAAAUAUUAAAUUUUCAUUUACAAAUGCUGAAAAACAACAAACGCAAUUACAAAAACAAACAUCAACAACAAAAGAGGAAAAAUCAUCAAUUGAAUCAUCAUCAUCACCUGUCGCAAAUGCAACAUCGCAAUAUGAUAAUAAACCAUCAAUAUUUGGAAACUUGAAUGGUCUAUCUAAUACAUCAAUUUUUGGAAGUUCAACACCACUAAAUAAUCCUAGUGGUUCCAUAUUUGGUAGUAAUGCAUCAUUAAAACCAUCAAAUAAUACUAAUAGUGGAUUUUCUUUUCCUGGUUUUGGUAAUACAACAACACCAACAAAUGGUUUUCAAUUUUCUACACCAGCUGCAACAUCAUCAACAACAACAGCAACAACAACAGCGAAUACAUCAUCAACAUUUUCAUUUGGAUCAGCAUCAGCUAAUAAACCAAUUUUUGGUAAUACACCAAAAUUUAGUUUUUCUGACUUAGCUAAACAAUCAUCAACAACAACAACAAAUGAGAAACCACUAAGUAAUGGAACUGAACAACGAGUUUUUGCUGGUCAAGGUUCACUUAUAUUUGGUACAACUACAACUCCAACUCCAACUCCAAAAGCUAAUACAAAUGAAGAUGAUGAAGGUGGUGAUGGUGGUGGUGGUGGUGGUGGUGGUGAAGAUGAAUCAUAUGAACCAAAUGUUUCAUUUAAACCAAUUGUACAAUUAUCAGCUGUUGAAGUUAAAACAGGUGAAGAAGAUGAAAAUAUUCUCUUUUGUGAACGUGCAAAACUUUAUCGUUUCGAUGCUGAAACAAAUCAAAUGAAAGAACGUGGUGUUGGUGAAAUAAAAAUUUUACAACAUAAAACAACAAAUCUUUGUCGUAUAUUAAUGCGUCGUGAACAAGUUUUAAAAUUAUGUGCCAAUCAUCAAAUAACAUCACAAAUGGAAUUAAAACAACAUCAAGGUUCAGAAAAUGCAUAUGUUUGGUCAGCUAUGGAUUUUGCUGAUGGUGAAGCUAAACAUGAAACAUUAUGUGUUCGAUUUAAAGCAAGUGAUACAGCAAAAAGAUUUGUUAAACAAUUUAAUGAAGCUAAACAAGCAACUAUUAAUGCUCAAGAGAAGAAUCCAAACGCGACGAAUCCGAUUUUCCCUCCUGCUCAGUACGUCGCUUGCUAUUAUUACUUAUUAAGUAUCAGUCAUCUCGAUGCUAGCAAGAAAUCAAAAGAAGAAAAGGAAGAAGAAGAACAAUCAACCGAUACUGAUACUGAUACUGAUACUGAUUCGGACGACGAUGAUGAUGAUGAUGACAAAAAAGGCAACACUGAAGAAGAAAUUGAAGAAUAUACGGAAAUUUUUGAACAUAUUGAAGAAUUUCGAUCAGAUUCAAAGAAAUCAGUAACAAAAAAAACUAAUAAGAAACAACAAGAAUCAUCAUCAUCAUCAUCAUCAUCAUCGUCGUCAUCGUCAUCAUCAGAUAGUGAUGAUGAUAGUGAAGAUGAUAGUGAUGAUGAAAGUGAUGAAAGUUCAACAGAUUCAACAUCAUCAGAUUCAACAACAUCAGAUGCUGAAAGUGAUCCAAGUAGUGAAGAGGAAGAAGAAGAAGAUAACAAACCAUCAGCUAAAAAUAAAAAAUCACAAUCAUCUUCAACAACAUCAGGAAAACAAUCAACAACUAGUUCAACACAUAAGAAUUAA